GUAAUUUUGUAAAGACGGCUUAAAAAUGACUAUCAAAAAAUUGCAAAAUAAUAAUUUAAAGGAUUUCAAGCUGAUAAUAGCAAGUGUAUCGACUGGAAAUGUUGGUCAACUUACAGCAGAUCUCUUGAUUAAUUCAUUGAAAAUGGAAAAAUAUGCUUUGUUCUAUCAUACAGCAAUUAUUCCAAUAAUUGGACCGUCGGCAUUUAGUGAGGAUGAAAAGGAGCUCUCUAUAUCUAGUGAAUUUUUCGUUUCUGAAAGCAAUAAGAUUUUAAUAUUACAAAUAAGAAGUCCAAUUACGGCAUUUUACCUCGAAAGUUUGUGUGAAGAAAUUAUCGAUUUUGUCAAGUCUGAAAAAAUCAAUGAGAUUAUUCAACUGUCUUCAGCAUUCAGUUAUGAGCAGCAUUUUAUCCAGAACAACCCAUUUGAGUUUGUUGCCAGCGACAGCUAUAAAAUUGAUGAGAAUCUUACAGCUAAUUUCAACAAAUCGUCAAAUUCACAGAUUCCAGGAUGUGGAAUAGCUAUGAAGUUGCAUAAUUUAGCCAUAAUAAAUCAAAUUCCAUCAUUAAUAGUUUAUAAAUAUGUCAGUGAAGGUGAUAAUAUGUUUGAUUCUAUGCAAUUUGCUGAAAAGUUUAACAAGUUGCUGGAUACGCCAAUAAUUGAGAAAGAAGGAAGAGCUGAUUUAAAAAUUCCAAUAAGCUGGAAGCAUCUCUUUGGUCACGAUGUUAAUCUUGAUAUUUAUUAAAAUUGUAUUAUCUUUGAGACGAUGGAAGAAAAAUUCGAUCGUCAAUCGACUUCAGUUUUUGACUAAUUCAUACAAAAUCAAACUCGUUUUUG